AUGUCUAACCUCCACACUCAGAAGACUUACACCCUCAACACCGGCGCCAAGAUCCCGGCCGUUGGUCUUGGUACCUGGCAGUCCAAGCCCAAUGAGGUCCGCGAGGCCGUCAAGAACGCUCUCUUGGCUGGAUACCGUCACAUCGACACUGCUCUGGCUUACGGCAACGAGGCCGAGGUUGGUGACGGUAUCCGUGACUCGGGCGUUCCCCGUGAGGAGAUCUGGGUUACCACUAAGCUCGACAACCCCUGGCACCACCGUGUGCCUGAGGGAAUUGACUCGUCUCUCAAGAGCCUUGGUCUCGACUAUGUCGACCUUUACUUGGUCCACUGGCCCAGCUCGACUGACCCCAACGACCUGAAGAAGCACCUUCCUGACUGGGACUUCAUCAAGACCUGGCAAGAGAUGCAGAAGCUCCCCGCCACCGGCAAGGUUAAGAACAUUGGUGUCUCCAACUUUGGUAUCAAGAACCUUGAGAAGCUCCUGAACGACCCCAGCACCAAGAUUGUCCCCGCCGUCAACCAGAUUGAGCUGCACCCCAACAACCCCUCGCCCAAGCUGGUCGCCUACAACACCUCCAAGGGCAUCCACUCCACUGGUUACUCUUGCCUCGGAUCCACCGACUCUCCUCUCUACAAGGACCCCACUCUCUUGAAGCUUGCUGAGAAGAAGGGCAAGACUCCCCAGCAGGUUCUCCUCGUAUGGGGUAUCCAGAAGGGCUGGAGUGUCAUCCCCAAGUCCGUCAACAAGGCCCGUAUUGAGGGUAACUUCCAGCUUGACGGCUGGGACUUGACAGCUGAGGAGAUCAACGAGCUGGACAACCUGAAGGACCGUUUCAAGGUCUGCGGUGAUGACUGGCUCCCUAUUAAGGUCUUCUUCGGUGAUGACGAGUAA